AUGAAUAAUAUUUUAGAUAAUGAUACUUUUGGAGAGUCAGAAGAAGAUGCAGUUCUUUUACGUAGUAUAGCAACUAAGACCCAACAGUCAAUCACCGAUGACGAUAAAGAUGAUCUUGAUAUGGAAGUCCUUACAAGAUCUCAUAAGAAAGUAUACGAAGAUAAUGAUAGCCAUGACUCUGAAUCUAUUGGUGCAGCAGCAGCAUUUGAGGCUCUCAAGAAAUAUCACAAAGGUGAUAAAACCAAGAAAGAUAAGAAAGACCUUCAUAGUCAAUUUGUUGCAUCGGCGAUGUCUGAAAGUUUAAAAAUAUGGAAGAAGAAAAAAGCAAAGGGUGAAGAUGUUGGGAAAAAAGAUGAAGUUGUGGAACAUGCAGCCAAGAUGGCAAUUAAAAUGGUACAUAAAAGUGAAAAAAGUGAAUCUGUUUCUGAAGAACAUACUGAAGAAUCUCAUAGUAAAUUAUCCAAUAAUAACGCUGAACAAAAAAAUUCUCAAUCAUCUAAUGAUGAAACAAAUUCUGUUAGCUCUAUUCAACAGGAUGUAAAAGAAAUUAAUCAGGAUGAAUUGGAUGAAAAUACUAAAAGAAAGAAAAGUCUAGUAGCUUUGGCAACGGCUAAUCAUCAUGUAGGUGUACAUUUAAAAUGUAUAAGACCUACUGAAGACAUCUUUAAUCCAGAAGAUCCCAAAAUUAGAGAAGAUAUAAUUCGUAUGAUAAUUCAAUAUCUUUCGGAUGAAGGUUAUUCUGCGUCAAAAAUGACAAUAUACGAUGAGGCAAAUGUGAAAAGGCACGAAAGAGAGGAACAUGCUGCAGAUUUUAAACGCAUAAAGAAAGCAAUACUUGAUGGCGAUUGGGCUGAAGUAGAAAAGCUGUGUGCAAAACCUUUAGUGAAAAAUCAUAAAGGUAUUCUAUAUGCUGUGUAUAAACAACAAUAUUUAGAGUAUAUAGAACACCAGGAAACUCAAAAGGCAUUUACAUUUCUUAACAAAAGAUUAAAGCCUCUUGAAUAUCUUCAAACAAGACCAAAUGAAUUUAAAGAUUUAUGUUAUUUACUCACAGCAAAGGCUGUUUAUGACGCACCUUCUUUCAAAAAUUGGGAAGGAAUUGGACCUGAAAGUUUAUUACAAGAUUACAGUAGUUUCGUUAUACCAAAUGCCAUACGUGCAACUUUGAGUGGACAUCUUGGCAAUGUUAAAUGUGUGGAAUUUAUUGGCGAAGAAGGUCGAGAGAUUGUUAGUGGAUCGAGUGAUAACACAUUAAGGAUAUGGGAUACAGAAAGUUCCAAAUUUAUUAGAAGUUUAGAAGGUCAUGAAUCGCGUAUUUGGGAUGUUUCAUCCAAUAAAAAUGGAUCUAUUGUUUCAAGUGCCAGUGGAGAUGGCACUGUUAGAUUGUGGGAUAUGAAAACGAAUAAUUAUACGUGUACAUCAACGUUAGCUGAAAAUUCUGGAGAUGUUUAUACUGUUAAAUUUCAUCCCGGAGAAAAUCAUAUUGUAACAGGAGGAUAUGAUAAAAUCAUAAGAUUUUUUGAUGUUAAUACAGGACAAUUAAUAAAAAUGUUUACAGGACAUCAAUUGUCUGUAUCCAAAACAGUAUUUAAUCCUUUAGGUAAUUUGAUUAUUAGCGGGUCAAAGGAUAAUACAAUAAAAUUUUGGGAUAUUGUAUCAGGAUUGUGUAUAAGGACAAUUUCUUCGCAUUUAGGGGAGGUGACUUCAGUUGAAAUGAAUGCCAAUGGAACUUUACUACUAAGCAGUUCAAAAGACAACUCCAAUAGAUUAUGGGAUACUCGACCUAUCAAAAGAUUAAAAGGUCAUCAAAACACUUCAAAAAAUUUCAUUAGAUCAGGCUUUGUUAAUAAUUCAUUGAUUGUUGGGGGAUCAGAGAAGUUAAAAGGUCAUACAGGCAUGGUUUAUAAUGCUAUUUGGAAUCCUAAGCAAAGUUUAUUCGUUAGUUGUAGUGAUGAUAGAACUUUAAAAACAUGGUGGUAUGAUGAGAAUUUACCUUUAGAUUUAUAA